CCUGCGCUCCACAAUACAAAGAGGAGCUGUCAGUGAGAGUCGGAUGGCUUUCUCCAGUGUCCUCAAUUUCAGUAAAAAGUAGUCAGACGCGUUGACGUUUUUUCUCCAUAUGGGCAAGAAGAGGCUCCUUUGUUUUAUCAGCUUCUUUUGUCAGAACGCGUAAACAUUUGGGGGUCCAGCUCCCCAGAGGGGUGCUGACAGGUGCGCACGGUGCGCGGAGAGGAUGGGCAGACGUCAGGCGGACAGCAGAGGUGCGAUGAACCCCAGCCAGCGCUCCGAGCUCGGCCGUCUGCAGGACGCGGCCUCCGGCAGCCACCACGACGGCCAGCAGCUCCCCAGAAUCAGCCCCCACCACCAUGCCUGCAGCCCGGAGGGGCGCCGGAGACAGGCAGACGCGGGCAGGGCACCGGCGGCCACCGCAGCGCCGGAGGAGGUGAAGAAGCAUCAGCACAAACACAACCUGAAACACCGCUAUGAGGUGAUGGAGACGCUGGGGAAAGGCACCUAUGGAAAAGUGAAGAGAGCGGUCGAGAGAGCGAGUCUGAGGACGGUGGCUAUCAAGUCCAUCCGCAAAGAGCGCAUUACCGAUGAUCUGGACAAGAUCCACAUCCAGCGAGAGAUCGAGAUCACCUCCUCACUAAGACACUCCAACAUCAUACGCUUCCACGAAGUUUUCGAGAGCCGGGAUAAGAUUGUGAUAGUGAUGGAGUUCGCCAGCAGAGGAGAGCUGUAUGAUUACAUACAAGAGAGGAGACGACUGCCAGAGACAGAAGCCAGAAGCAUCUUUAGACAAAUCACAUCUGCCGUCCACUACUGCCACAAGAAUGGUGUUGUGCAUCGAGACCUUAAGCUGGAGAACAUCCUUUUAGAUCAAGAUUUGAAUGUUAAGCUGGCAGACUUCGGACUUUCAAAUCAUUUCCAGAGGGGCACUCUUCUGCACACAUAUUGUGGAAGUCCGCUCUAUGCUGCACCAGAGAUAGUGAAGGGGUCACCUUACCAGGGGCCAGAGGUGGACUGCUGGGCUCUGGGAGUGCUGCUGUAUGCUCUGGUGUACAGCAGGAUGCCGUUUGAUGGGGCCAGUCACACCAAGCUCACAGAGCAGAUAACCCAAGGCCACUAUCGCAGACCCAACCCCCCCUCUGAUGCCUGUUCUCUCAUCGACUGGCUGUUGACAGUGCGCGCAGAAGAGAGGGCCACAAUAGAGGAUGUGGCUAACCACUGGUGGGUGAACUGGGGUUAUGAAGAGAGUGUGUGUGACUGCCCUUCAUCUCCUCACCAAGAAUGCCCUUCCCCUCUGCUGGCUCGCUACAUUGACUGGCAGAAUCAGGCCGCUGCUGGUGGCAACAUGACUGUCGACCUUGGGUGCCGGUCCUCUGAAUCCUCCUGUCCAAACCAACUCGGUCCAAACUUGUUUUGCUUCAGCUAUCCCCUGAGGAGCAACAGUGAAGCAGGAGGGGGAGCAGACGGAAGGCUGUGCAAAGAGAUUUUGAGUCUUAGGAAGUCACGCAAAGAGAAUGCAAUCCCCCAAACAGCUCUCGGGGCUUGGGGUGUUCCUCCGACAGCUGAAUCUCCUAAUAAAAUUUCCUCCAGUUCCACCACUGAAAGAAGGAAACCCAAAGGCAUACUGAAGCAUCAAAGAAGCUUAGAUUCAGUCUUCUACAAUGCUCCUAAGGAGAGAUGUUCCUCCAAACUGUCUAACACGGUUCCCCAGCCUUAUCGGACACAAACACUGCCUCACCCGUGUGUUGACGCAUUCUCCACUGUCCUUACACCUCCCUCCACAUUCAGCCAGCCUUCAUCCAAGAUGCCCAAGAAAGGGAUUCUGAAGAACUUGUAUGUGGGGGAGUCAGGUUCAAACUCAACAAAUAAAAGAAGAGAUUCUGGAUUAGGAGCGAAAGAGGUUGAUGCAUGUCAGUCAGGCUCCCACAAACAUCACACGUGUCUCCCAGCAGCAGAAGAAAGUCCCACCAUGCACAAUGAGGCAGUGAGAAGACGGAAAGGUAUUCUCAAACGCAAUGGCAAGUUCUCUCGCAGCCUAGAUCUUCCUGACCACCCCAGUCUGGCUCCAUCAUCUGCCCCGGCAAUACUCCCGGAGGCUCUGCAGCAGCUCCUGCAGGCCAAAGGGGAUGCCGAGAGCCACCACAGCCGGCCCUCCAGUGUGGUCAGCGAGGAUAGCCUCUUCUCCUCCGAUUCUUUUGAUCUGCUGGAUCUCAGUGCUCAGCAGACACAUCGCAGGACUUUCUCACGGGGAAUGCAGGAGAGCAGUUGCGACUAUGAAGAGAAAUUGGAGCUGCCGAGAACUGAGUCAGAUGAAGUGUGAGAAGACAGAGAAGUACAGAAGAAAAUUCUACUAUGAAAAGAAGAAAUGAUAGAAAAAAAGCUCAAUUUGAUACCAGUACCAUAGUUUAAUUUUGUGACAAACAGUAAAUGCUCAUUUUUAACAACUGACCUUUACUCUAUUCUGGAUGUACAGAAAGCAACUAAUCACACAAGAACAGUAACAUAUAUCUGCCACUGUGACAUAAUUCAAUGUUUAAUGGACUAACUCACUUGCAUAAAAUACCCUCUGUGAAGAUCUUGCUUAUUUCUUCACGGGCAAGCCUUGAAAAUCUGUUUGUUUGCUGUGAUAAAUGAAAAUGCCACCUUGAAAAGAUGAAUCCAUGCAUUAGAGAGUAAAACACAUAUGAUUUUAAAUCAUGAUCUACCAUGAUCUACCAUACUUGUUAAAGGACAAUAAAAGGAGCAAUUACUGUUUUCCAUGUUCAUAGCAAACACAAAAAAAAUCAUUGAACUCCACAUUAUCCUCACAUUUUCCCACAUGAUUUGAUUGCUUUAAGUAAAGUAUCUUGCCCAAACAUUUUGUUCUUAUGAAGCUGAGUAAAAAGACCACAUAAGGUUAGUAUAGAUUGAGUCAAUUCCAAAUUUGUUGCUUACUACUUUUGUUCACCUUUAUAUUGUCCGAUAGCUUAUUUGGAGAGACUACAGUCUUCUAAAUUGUGAUGUCCAUUCAGCUAAACUGAACCUUUGUGAUACUACUCAGAAGACCGACUAUAGUUGUUAACAGAUUAAUUGAAACAUUUGUCUACAACUGCACAAAUUUGUAAGAUAUUAAUAUGAUUCUAUUUCCCUUGCAAAUGUUUAAUGGUUAGCAGUAGAAAGAGGCUGCAUUGUCUCUUCUUCACUAUAUGAUAUCAAGUGUAUUUAUUCUGCACAGUUUUUAACUGUGUGCAGUUUGCUCCUUUGCACCGACACUCACAAAGCAAAUAGCAGUGCUUUUUACAGUGACACCACCCGUGCUGCUGUGGAACUUUAAGGUGAUGUUUGCAGUAGACGUUUGCAAUUUUAAAUCUGCUAUUUUGAUACUGUGAGAAAAUUAUUCUGUAAAUUGUGUUCUACGAUUUCAUACUGUUUUGGGGUCAGGAUAUAAAUUAUGUGAAGAGCAAGAGAUGACUUUGUAUGAAUCAGAGUGUGCUUUGUACCAUAUGCCUGUGAUUUGUUCCAAGGUUAUCAUGACACAAGGUUGGGAACAGUGGGACAAAUUAAGGAUAUCUGUUUUUAUUUAUAUAGCAUGUUUUGUGCCUCUAUAGACAUUGGGUUGUUUUGAUCAAGAUUUAUGUACCUCAACAUAAAUUAUCUCCAAAAGACAAACAAAGAAAAGGACAGAAAAAGACUUGCUCAAAUAUUGAAGUAAGUGAUAAAAACAAAUUACAAAAGUGCCAUUUUCACAGCUGCCCUAAUGUGGCAUCAAGUCAUGGAUGUAUAUUGAAGAGGAGCUUGAUUAGAAGUCCAUCUAUCCAUUUUCUAUACCGCUUAUUCCCACCGGGGUCGCAGGGGGGGCUAGAGCCAAUGCCAACUGACAACGGGUAAUCCCUGGAGAGAUCACAAGUCUAUUGAAAGGCUGGUUGAAGGUCAAUUCAUGAAGUUUAACUGAAAAUAUAUAAAUAUUUACAAGAAAAUAUGUACAGUUACAAAUAAACCUGGUUUUACAUCACUGUCUUGUCUUGCUGUGUGCAGUUGUACCACAAUGAUGUUAGAGUAAAUGAGACAUCAUAAAUGGGAGGAGGACUGAAUUGUAUUUAUACUUGUGCAUUGCAUAUAUUGUCAUUUGAGAUUCCUUUGUGUGGACCUGAAAUGAAAAGCUUCUGAAAAGAGUGACAACCAAAAAAAUCAGGACAAGUGGUUGAGGCGAGUGGAGUUAAUAAAGUUAGACACCCUAACUCU